UUUUACUGUGACGUGUUUCAGUUUCUAAGCAGGAAAAAAGGAAAUUGCUUGAAACUAAAUUUUUGUCGUUGUUGUUAUCUAGGUAUAUUAAUGCAAAAGUGCCAUAAUAAAAUGAAAACCCUGGGAAAAUACUAUAUUGCUGCAUCCUAUGUAAAGUAUCUGGAGUCUGCAGGUGCAAGAGUUGUACCAGUAAGGCUUGAUCUUACAAAGAAAGAGUAUAAAAAGCUUUUUCAAUCUCUUAAUGGGGUUCUUUUCCCUGGAGGGAGCGUUAACCUCAAGAGGUCAGGCUAUGCCCACGUGGCUAAAAUAUUUUACAACUUUGCCAGACAGAGUUAUGAUGAUGGAGACUAUUUUCCUGUGUGGGGCACAUGCCUUGGAUUCGAAGAGCUUUCAUAUUUGGUUAGUGGAGAGUACUUAUUAUCUCAGACAAACACUACUAAAAUCACAAUGCCAUUGAACUUCACGGAAGGUAAGAAUUCUCUUUCGACCCUUUUAAAAAUAUUAACUGGUAGGAUUAGUAAGUUGCUGUCGUUAGCAAUAGAACCUCUGACUGCAAAUUUCCACAAGUGGAGCCUCUCCAAGAUGAAUUUUACGAAGAAUGCAAAGUUAAAGGAGUUUUUCAACGUACUAACUACAAAUACAGAUGGCACGAUUGAGUUUAUUUCAACAGUGGAAGGGUACAAAUAUCCAGUAUAUGGCGUCCAGUGGCAUCCAGAGAAAGCUCCUUAUGAGUGGGGAAAAUUUCCGGGAAUUUCUCACGCACCUAACGCUGUGAGGGCUGCGUUUUAUUUAGCAGACUUCUUUGUUUCUGAAGCUCGGAAAAACAGUCAUCAUUUUGAAUCUGAUGUUGAAGAAGAUGAAGCACUGAUUUAUCAGUUCCAUCCAGUUUACACUGCGAAUAUUUCUUCAUUUCAGCAAAGUUAUAUAUUUAAUUGAUAGCCUUCAAUAUGUUAACAGGAAUUUCAAAUAAUUCCAUGAUUAAACUGUUGUAAUAACUUGCUACUCAUGUCAAUAAUAGCCAUAUAGAUUCCUUUUCUACGAUACUGGCUCUGAUUCAUCAUUCAGUAUAUUUGACUAUAUCACAUUCGAUAAUCGGUGAAGAAGAUAAAUAAUCACAGUGUAUUUCAUGGGAAAGCUUUCUUUUGUCUCAACAUUAGAGAAAAUAAAUUUAUUGAAAAUAUAAGUA